AUGCGUGAGAUUCUUCACAUUCAGGGAGGGCAAUGUGGGAACCAAAUCGGAUCCAAGUUCUGGGAGGUGGUCUGCGACGAGCACGGCAUCGACCCAACCGGCCAGUACACCGGAAACACCGAGCUUCAGCUUGAGAGAGUGAAUGUCUAUUACAACGAGGCGAGCGGUGGGCGGUAUGUGCCACGGGCGGUGCUCAUGGACCUUGAGCCAGGCACCAUGGACAGCAUCAGGGCUGGCCCUUAUGGCCAGCUUUUUAGGCCUGAUAACAUAGUUUUCGGCCAGUCUGGUGCCGGCAACAAUUGGGCCAAGGGGCAUUACACAGAAGGCGCUGAGCUCAUCGAUUCCGUGCUCGACGUCGUUAGGAAAGAAGUUGAGAACAGUGACUGCUUGCAAGAUCCUAUGAUCUCUAAAUGUUAA